GUUGAGGAUAAGGUUUACGGAAAUCAGUGAAGUUGGUCAGUCAAAUCCUUCUCUUCCACCUUUCCCAAUCACAGGCCAGUCUUUUCAGUGAUUUUCCAAAUAUAUAUGUGUAUAUAAUCCACACUUGGUUUAUAAAUAAACAAUAAAAACCCCAUAUGAAGAGAACCCUUCACCCUCAAAACUGAUAAAAUUUCUAUAGUGGGUAAAUAUGCUCUGAUAAGCUUUGCUUCCUGGAUUUUUUAUUCAAUGCCUCAAUAAUGAAUACCCUCCCUCUUCUACCUUCUUUUCUGUGGGUGCCAACUGCCAAUGCCAAAUCCAUCUUUGCAGAAACCAUUGGGAAUUGGUGGGUACUAUUUUGAGGGUCUUGAAAUCUGUGAUCUUGUUUGGAAGUAUUCACACAGAGUUGGGAUAAAAAAAAGGGUGUUUUCCACAGCUUCUCUUCUGUUCUCCUCCUGGUUGGUUUUUGGGGCUAAGCAAAGUUAACCCAUUUCAUUUGUGUGAUGUAUCUUUGAAAAGCUCUGCUUCUUUUUGGAGGGUAUUGAAACAAAGAAACAGAAAGUCAUGGCAGACUGGUAUGGUACCAUGAGGAAGACCACUGAUGGUUGCAGCAUCAGGUCAACGAGAGAUGAAGAUUUCGAUGAAGAAGAAAUGUGGCGUUACGAGGAGGAGAAGGAAGAUUCAGGUUCUGCACCAAGGAAACCUAGUGACUACUCUUCCACUGCAUGGCGCCUCCCAAGCGCACCAAGGAUGGUUCCAAGGGUUAGCCAGUACUCAUCAUCAGCAAAGCAUGAAACCAAGAUGGCUCAGCAAUCAUCGGCUCCACUCAACAUCCCUGAUUGGUCCAAGAUAUAUGGCAGGCAUGGAAGCUUGGAUUCAUCAAGGAACGGGACAUGGGUCUAUAAUGGGGUUGAUGGUUGUGGGGAGGAUCAUGAUGAUGAUCAUGAUAUGGUCCCUCCCCAUGAAUGGCUAGCUAAAAAGCUUGCAAGAAGUCAAAUUUCUUCAUUCUCAGUGUGUGAAGGGAUUGGAAGGACACUUAAAGGCAGAGAUCUAAGCAAAGUAAGGAAUGCAGUUUUGACAAAAACAGGUUUCCUCGAGUAGUUCCAGUACUGUUAAUGUCACGUCAUUCAUCAACAGUUCCACACCAAAUCAUCAUAUCUUCAUUUUCAUACUACAAAUCCAUUACCACCAUCAUGAUGUUCUUCUGCUCCAACUUUCCAUCUUUCUUUGGGUCCCAUGGAACCUUUUUUGCUUUUUAUCAACUUUUGAUCGUAUUAUUAUGGUGUAGCCAUGUAAUGAACUUGGAACUCGAAAACAUGGUUUUUAAAUCAAAGUCGGAGCUGCCUUUUUUGUAUGAUUUUAGAAAAUAGUGAGAGAAAAAAAGAGGGGGGGGGGAGGGAAAGAAACAACAACAAAAGGUGGCAAGCCUCCGAGACUUUUUGUCAGGUAGUGGAAAAGGGUUUAUGUUCUGGAUACAGUUGGACUGCACUUUUAGCAGUAAAGAGAGAAUUGGUUAAAGCAUAUUUCAAAUUUAAUAUCUUUUUAUA